AAUUCAAAUUAACAUAGCACGUAAAAAAAUUAGAUCACCAUGGUCACCUGAUGGGCGUCGACGACCAGCUCGUCCCCAUGCGAUGGCGGCCCGGCUCCCUUUCUCAGCUCCUGCAAGAGCCCGAAGUGCUCUUCAAAGUCGCUGGCUUCGAAAUUGUGGGUAACGUCAGAAAUUCCUAGCAUGUAUGUAUGUACUUGUAGUACGGGCAGUUGUGAUGGUUGACGUACUUGACGUUUUAAUGGCUAUCAGCAUGGAUCUGCCAAAAAAAUAGUGACCCUUGUCCGGACGGACAAAGAAGGCUGUCGGCAUGAUAUUGAAAUGUACGUUCAUUACACACCAGGAAGAAGACCUCUACUUCGGAGGUAACACCAAUAGAGUCGUCAACUGAUCUCUCCCUAAGAGCACUAGAAGAGAUCGCCGUUACAUGCCGCAAUAAAGUUGACGUUGAACGUUCGACUUUAAACAUUAAGCUGAAAAGGGAAGGAGGUGAGACACAUAUAACAUAUGGUAUGGUUUGGUGACAUUUUGCUAAAAAGUCCCCACUGUUAACCAGAUUGUGGUAAGAAUGGGCAGCACUGGUCCGGCAUGUGUCUGCAUGUGAUAUUCAUAUGUGUGUAUGCCAUGCGAAUAGUGUGUAGAGAAGCAGUGAAGAAGGGUAGAAGAAACUGAAAGUGCCGCUUUGCAAACUCUUCGUUCGUUGUGUGUCUUCAUAUUGCAUUGCAAUAAACAUAAACACAAAAAAACCGUCUUUUCUUUCAUUUCAAUUUCCAGUGAGGUGUAAGCGAGUGUAAGGCUCCAGAAGGCUGUGUGAAAGUGUCGAUUGCUGUACCACAAUAAUUAAUAAAUAAAGUUUUGCAUUACGUGCGUUGGAAAAUUCCGCCACACACAAGCGCCUAGAGUGUACAAUUUUUUGCUUAGAAACACACACACAUGCAUCCUGCAUACGUCGUCCAUGUUUUGUAGUAUUUUCACGCUCAUUUCCGAUCAAGAGUGAGAGCUGUUCGAGAAGAGCUUCUCUUCGGUUGCACGAGAAAUUGCUGUCGCGACCUUAGGGCGUCAUAGACGCUGCCAGCGCUUUUGGCUAUCAUUUUAAAGAAGAAUUUUCACGUAAAAGCUGUGUGCGCAUUUCACACGUUUCUUAGAAACGGACCUUCUAGAACCUAGCUUAGUAGUUACUUUAAAAUGUCUGAAAACGAAAAUUCGCAACAGCCGCCGUUGCCCGAGCAGCCGCCAUCCAGAAAGAAGAAUUUCAAAUGCGUGAAGGAACUGUUUGUGGAUGAAGUGCACUACAAGCUUAGCUGGGGCAAGUUCAACAGGAUUGCGACAAUGGGAGCGCUGGCGGACCGUAUCAAUCAGCUCCCCGCACCGAUGGGGACCUUGUCGGUGAACAAGUGCUGCCAGUACCUAUGGGAAAUGAGUCGCAAGAUGGGCACCGAUGAGCUGGCCACGCUGCAGAAAUUGGCAUGCAUCUUGUUCCUGCUUCCAGAUAGAGAGGGGCCGUCGAUGACUUGCCGCAUGGCACUGAUGCGUCAAUCCUUCAAAGUGGUCAACUCGCUGGAGCCAAUGCUAGUACAUUACUUUUCCAAACUGUUUCUGGACUACUUUAGCGGGAGCUCGAGCAGCAGCCGGUGCCAUGUGCUGCGUAUUGCCCGCUUCAUUAGCGUACACAGUGGCAUCGGUAGGGCCGUUAGCGUCUGCCUGCUGUGGCACUUAAUUUUUAGCUAUGCCGAAACACCCAUUGGCAUUCAUCAGUACCGCGAGCUGGGUGAGCUUCGAAUUUUGAGUAAUGUACCCAUCGCGGAGUUGAGCAACACUAGCUUCAGGUGUAUAAUCCGUGCGGUGGGCACUCUGUUGCAUUUGCAGUUGUGCUGCCCGGACCUAAAUGAGUUCCUGUAUCACGGCUACCCGAGGAUCUUCUUUCGCAUUCUGCCCCAGGAUGUGAAAAUGCUGCGCUCUUGGCUGCUGAACGCUGUCGCCACCACUGACUGCCAUCAUCUUCGUACCGAUGCCUCAAAGCUGCAGGCCAUGCUGGAUUACCUCAAUGUCCCUGUCCUAUCCCGUCAAUGGUGCCUUGUGUGCCGCGACGCAUCGGGUGACGUUAUCGGCCCUCCCCGCACCGGCGACCAGUGUGUGCUCUCCCAGAUGCGCAGUUGACUCAAAUGACGCAUGUGUCGUG